AUGCCUCCUCGAAGAAGCAAAACACCUGGAAAUGAUAGGAAUUUUUACUCUCUUAAUGAACGAAGUGAACAACGAUCUAAAGAAGAUGAAGAACAGCGUUCGAAACUGUUUACUAGGGAGU